ACAGGAACACGAGGGAUCAUCAAGAACAGCCGGUUUCAAGAGGAGCCGUUCUUGUUCCACUCAGCAGCCCUGAUCUUCGGUUUGCUACGAAUUUGGUUCCACUCGACAAAGGAAAACUUUCCAAAGGGAAAUCUUCGGUUCGCGCCUGAAUCUAUGCCACACUUUCAAGGCGUCAAUGAGAUCAUCGUGAGUUCGUGGUGAAACGCGUGCACAAUCACGAUAGAGGCGCGUUGAUAGUCACGCCCUGUGUUUUGUUGUUAUGGCUAACAAUAUUCUCUUCUUGCCCUUCCGCAAGACCAACUCCCAGUCUCUGUCAACGGCGAUUAAGCAGUACAUCUCCAGCAAAUAUGAUCAACACCCAGAUAUGUUCAGGCAGGACCUCGAGGUCAUCGAUGCUCUACGAAGGGAUGCUGUCAAUGUUCGAGAGCCGCAUACGAGUGGGAUCAAAAAGAUAGCAGCAUAUGCGGGGCAACUUUCUUGGAUGGGGGGUAAAUUUCCCAUCGAUAUUGGAGUAGACUUCACAUGGUAUCCGGCUCUAGGAUACAACACCGAACGACCCAUUUCCCAGAAUAACCUGAAAUUCGAGUUGGCAAAUGUCCUCUACAACUUGGCAGCUCUAUACUCCCAGCUAGCUAUAUCCUCGAAUCGAAGCACAACUGAAGGCCUCAAGGCAGCGAUCAACUAUUUUUGUCUUGCAGCUGGUGUUAUACUCCACCUCAGAACCGAGACCAUACCUGAGCUACGAGCUACUCCUCCAGAAGAUAUGGACGACUCUACACUCGAAUCUCUACAGCAGCUCAUGUUGGCACAAGCACAAGAAUGCUUCUGGCAGAAAGCAGUGAUGGAUGGAUAUAAGGAUGCUUCUAUCGCCAAGCUCGCAGCUAAGGUGUCUGAUUUCUAUGGUGCUGCUGGAGAUUGGGGUGUGAAGAGCGAAGCUAUAAGCUCUGAGUGGAUACACCAUACGACUGCGAAACAUCAUCACUUUGCUGCUGCUGCACAAUACAGACAAGCAUGUGAUUGUUUGGAGAAGAGAAAGUACGGAGAAGAGGUUGCCAGAUUACGAGACAGUAUUGCUUGUGUAAAUGAAGCUCUGAAGGAGGCUCGGUACCUUAACAAGGUGGUUCUAGGGGAUCUUAAUGGAUUGAAAAACAAGGUUACAGAGGAUUUGAAGAGAGCUGAGAAGGAUAACGAUUUGAUCUACCUCAAUCCCGUACCGCCAAAAUCAGAACUGAAGACCCUUGAACGUGCAAAUAUGGCUAUAGCUAGAGUACCAAAAGAAGUCUCUGACCCGUCAAGCUUCAUCGGUGAUAAAGGAGAAUUUGGUCCACCUCUCUUUGCCAAGUUAGUACCGUUUGCUGUGCAUGUAGCGGCGAGCAUUUACGAGGAGAGAAGAGAUCGUCUUGUCAAUACCAACAUCAUCGACGAGCUAGAGAUUAUGACAACCAAGAUCCAUGAUACCCUACGAUCACUGAAUCUACCAGGAUCCUUACAAGCGCUAGAAAAGCCUCUGGGUCUACCACCCAGUCUCACAUCUCAUGCCGAAGAGAUCAGACAAGCAAAUGCCAUUGACCGGCUGCACCGUUCAUUCUCGGACACAGAAAAGUUAAAAUCUUCGGAUAACGCCAUGUUCGCCGAAGGCUGUGAACUUCUUCAAGCAGAGAAGUCCGAGAACGAGCGUCUGAUGAUGAAAUAUGGAACAGAUCGAUGGAGCCGCCUAGAAUCCACAUCAGCAGCACCAAAAUUCUACGCGCAGGUCGACGAAAUCGGCGGCUAUCUCUCGAGCGCAUCUAAGAGCGACGAAUUGGUAAAAUCCAAAUUCCGAGAAUGCGAAGACAUGCUUCGAAUCCUUUCUUCGUCUGAUCGCGACAUUGGGAACUUCGUCCCGAGUAGUCGCCGGGCUGCUAUCCCUCCCAAACUCGAGGGAGAAGUUUCAAAGUUGCGGAAUAGUCUCAAUGAAGUUUCUCGUUUGGAGUCUCGUCGCCGGAGGAAGAUUGAGGCUUUGAGAGAGAAGGCGAAAAGAGAUGAUAUCAAUCAUGACAUUCUUGCCGAAGCAGCGAGGUUAGAGCGGGAGUAUCCGAGUCAGACCAUUGCUGCUGCUCAGUUUGAGGAUUUCUUCGACAAGCAUCUCGCGAAAUACGAUGCUGACGUAGCGACAUUGAAGACUGAAGCUGAUGAGCAGGAGAAACUUGUUCAACAACUUGAAGUUGCGAAUGCAAGUUUCGUAGGAGCGAGGAAAGGAGACACAAGCUCGAGGGAACGAGAACAAGCGUUGCAGAAACUUGAGAAUGCGUACCUGAAGUAUAAGGAGAUCAUCCAUAAUCUGGAGACGGGGAGGAAGUUCUAUAAUGAUCUGGCGAAGAUUGUGGGCAGAUUCAGAGAUGGUGCGAAGGGAUUCGUGAAUGAGAGGAGAGAGGAGGCUUUGAGGAUGGAGAAGUACACUCCCCUUUCUCACCAUGGAAUUCAUACUGAUUUGAGAGCAGCGACCUCUCCCUCCCACCCCUCUCCUCCCUAUCCCUCCACAAACAAGCCGAACAAGCCCACGCAUCCGCCAUCCCUAGAUCCUACAACUCCCCGACUCCACAACAAUCAUACACCAACUCUCCAAUUCCUCAACCACAGCGCCUAUCUCAGCCACCUCCACCACAACAAUACCGUCCCCCACAACCCAACACCGCGAUCCCGGCUCCGGUCCCGCAGAGAGCUAGUCUAGCCCCGGUCGCGAAUAUGGUGCCGACGACGUGGGAUCCGGCUAUGGGGAUCAAGUUUGGCGGGAAUGGCGGGGCCCCGCAGCAGGGUGGCGGGCAACAAGGACAGGGACAGACGGGAGGGACUUGGGAUCCGAGUAUGGGGAUGAGGUUUGGGUAGUGGAGGGAGGUAUAGUAGGUGAUGAGAAAUGAGGUUAUGAGGUAUGAGUAAUGCAUUCGUGGCGUCGAUCGUUGCUGUCCAUGUUAAGAUCCGUCUCUCGUGUCUAAAUUGUCUUCAUUUUCAGUCUUCCAGAUGUCUUAAGCCUCCGUCCAUUAUUAAGUUUCGCAGCACCACGCAAAUAAAGUUCAGUGGCUCCGUUACUAGCACUGAUGCUUCUUUAUCAUUUUAUUUGUUGCACAUCGCACCACUGCAUUGCUCUUUCCUUUCUUGCAUUUGAGUUUGAGAUGAUGUAUUUCUU